GACUUUUUUGAGCUUGUUGUUGGCGUUUGGGAAAUUGUCUUGCUUGGAUGGUCACUGUUAUUCAAAGGCUGUUUCAAUUAUUGGAGGUCUUGCGAAGUACCGAACGUGCGUGCUAAUGUGGGAUCUCGAGUUAGAUGCAUUGGUUGUUCAGAUGUUUCAACAUUUUCUGAAUACUAUAAGGCCGGACCACCCUGAUCAUGUAUUCAUGAACAUCGAGGAAAUAAUGAGCAUGAUGAUAAAAGAGAGUAUUGAAGGAAUUCCAAUGCAGCUUCUGAACAUCCUCAUAAGUAGUGUUAACAAGGAAAACCAGAAUGUUUCAUCUCGUUCCUAUCUGCUGGGAGAGAGAGUUCUUCAAGAAAGUGCUGUCUUCAUCCAUAUCUUCCGGCAGUAUUGAGGUCCCUCAGCAUUUCCACUAACAACUAUUCGGAAGUUCUUGAAUUAAUAUUGAGAGAGGAAGAAAGUGAUCAAUUUGUGAAUGGAGCAUCAAAAUCACAGGUGGAAAAUGGUCCUGAAGAGCUUUGUCAAAAAGCUGCUUGCUUUGACGAUGUCAGGCCACCCACAGAAGAAACUUCCAUGCUUCCAGACACUGGAUUUAAAGUUGCUGCAUCAAAUGGCACUGUUGUAAUUUCUGUGCGAUCUGUGGACGAUUCCUUUAAGAUGCUGGUCAAUAAUGACUCUGAAAAGCUUUCGCACAAUGCUAGUUAUGGUGGCAAAGUUUGUCCACCAUUACCUGGAUCUUCCAAGUCGCCCACAAAUGAUGACCCUAGUGAGCUUGCACCACAUGCUGCACCUGAGAGAGGUGCUUUAAUCUUAGAUCAACCAUCUCACUUGCCAGGGAAAGAAUCAGAACACAAAAAUGCGGCCAAAAAAGAAUUAAAUCCAGAAGCUGCACAAGCUUCAAAGAAACGAGGUUGGAAACCUAAUUUUUUUAAUAAACCAGAGGAAGGCUAUGAACAUGCCUGGUUAAGUGGAGAAAGGAGAUCAAAAGGCCGUAUUCGCUUGAAGGGUUGUUGGAAAAAUACUAAAAAGAGAAGUAGCUGUUCACCUAAAUGUGCAAUCUCCAAAGGAUUGUAUUCUUCAUCUGGUGAGGAGAAGACUCCAAUAAUGACUUCUAUAAAGAGACGCCAAAAGAAGAAAAAUGACAGAAUAGGUCAGAAUGAUGGUGCACAAGAAGAGGAUUCUGCGGAUAAGGUCGUCAGCGAGCAUGGCAAGGAGUUAGUUGGCUGCAGAGUAAGGGUUUGGUGGCCACUUGAUCAAGCGUUCUAUGGAGGACAUAUCACUUUAUUUGACCAUUCAGAGAAGAAGCACAUGGUGAUCUAUGAAGAUGGUGAUCAAGAAAUGCUAAAUCUUACAAAUGAACGCUGGGAACUGGUUGAAGACGACAAUGCAUCAGUUCCUAGCCACAAGAUUGUUCCUUGUCCAAGUGAUUUGUCUGACAGGCGCCUUGGUUGCAUUGUUGAUUCAUAUCGCCAGAUAAGGAAAAAGAAGAAGGCUUUGAAUGUCGAUGACAAUGUGCCGGUCCUAACUCCUGGUACUGAAAGCAAGAAGAUCAUUUUCAGCAAAGCAAAGUUAUAUUGGGGUAAAGCAACUGAUGAUCCGACUCCACCUUCAACAAUGACUAUGCAGCAAAAUUUAACUCCAAAAGGAGUGCACCAAAAUAAAAGGAUCAAGGUUGCAGUUUCAGAAUCUGGGGUAGAGGGAAAUCCAAUGAGUUGGACAACACCUACAAAGGUGUCCCCCGAAGAUGGUGAUGUAUGCAGUGAACUGGUGGAUGUGCAUGGCUAUAAAGUAAAAGUGAGCAAUGCUCCUAUACUUUCUGCCAUUUUUGCCGAGUAUGGUGACAUUACUGUCAACUGUCACUAUAAGUCACCUACUGUCAGAGCUUCCUUUCUUGAUGUGGUUAGUGAUGUUGUCAGGCGGCUGAAAACUAGUGAUAUUAAUUCUUCUUCCAUUAAAGCUAUGAAAUCUGUAGUCUCUGAUGCUUUGGAUGCCAAGCUUGAUGUAACUUGGCUGCAGCAGUAUCUGGAUGAGAUCACCGAAGAGGAAGAUAUGGAGGAAAAGUUUUCCUAUCUAAUAGCGUUACACGAGACUACCAUGCUUGUCUCUAAAGCAGCUAAAAAGGAUGUGGUAGAAAGGAACAUGGAGGUCUUAGCAGCAGAGAAACGGCUCAAAAAGGCUGAAAAGCGCUUGCAAGAGGCCCAAAGCCGGGCAGGAGAGGCAAAAAGGUCUGUCAAAGUAUUUGACGUACUGGGUAAAAAAGUUAAGCAGGACAUCAACGGGGUUAAGGAUCAAGCACAAUAUUGGCUGAGUAGGUUGAAUGAGCUUCUGUAGCCGGCAGCUGUUUUAUCUUGACAUAGCUUGUUUAUGUCAAGACAUUUUGUAAAUUGUGAAUGGUCAUCAUGGAGCUGGCAAGAUGUGACAUGGUUGAAUCUUAUUUUGUACAUGAUGGUAACAUUUAUCUCUUUUUGCAAAUAUUCGCAUUUUGUGCAGUAUCAAGUGUGUCAUAUAACAAAAACUAUGGGGUCUUUGUAUGUAAUGCUAUAAACACCUUGAACAAUUGCAGUGAGGUGCUCUGUCCAGUGUUUUCUGCCUUUUUCUGGUUAAGGUACGCUUGGACUAAUCCAUUUCAAAUUUGAUAA